CGUGUUGUGCGGACCUACCAGCCACCUCUCUCCUCUCCUUCACUGAAUCUCUUCAUCUCUUUCCCUCUCUGUCUCUCUCUCUCUCUCCUCCGCUCCUCCGGUCUCUGCUAUGACAGCUCACACCAGCAGCGUGUUGCCCGAUCUCAGACCGACAACCCGUCAGCGGUUAUCCUGUCCACGCGUUACCAUGGACAUGUGUGUGUGGGAUAUUCGUGAUUGAUCCUCGGGUCUAAUUAUUUUUCUGUUUAAAAACGAAAGAAAGAGGAGGAGGGGGGCGGCCGUCCUCUUUUACCCCCCUCCGCUUCCUUCAGCCAAGCAAAGCGGCGAGGUGGGGAGAAGAAGGCUUUCUAAAUAAGCCAGCUUGGAUUUAUUUCACAGCAAAAUGACGGAUUUGGGAGCGCCGGAGAUGCUGCUGAUGAGGAGGAGGCUGAACGUGAAGAAGACGGGCAGGCUGAGACGCGACCUGCCGCUUCUGCUCCUGCUGGGGCUCCUCUUCGGGGAUUUCUCCUCAUCCAAAGCUGAGUCCUGUGGCGGUGUCGUCCAAGGACUGAAUGGUACCAUAGAGUCGCCUGGUUUCCCCCAUGGGUAUCCCAACUACGCCAACUGUACGUGGCUGAUAAUAACAGGGGAGAGGAACCGCAUCCAGCUAACCUUCGUCACGCUGGCGCUGGAGGAAGACUUUGAUAUUGUAUCAGUUUACGAUGGACAACCAUCGCCUGGCAACCUGAAGAUGAGGUUGUCAGGAUUCAUGCUGCCCUCCCCUAUAGUCAGCAGUGGAUCUAUAUUGGCCUUGUGGUUUACCACCGACUUUGCAGUCAGUGCACAGGGCUUCAAAGCUGUAUAUGAAGUCUUGCCCAGCCACACAUGUGGCACCCCCGGGGUCAUCCCAAACGGAGUCAUUCACGGCUCGCGGUACAACAUGGGGGAUAAGAUCCGAUACAGCUGCGAGUCAGGCUUUGUCCUGGAAGGACACAGUAUCCUCACGUGUAUAGUCUCACCUGGCAGCGGAGCACAGUGGGACUUCCCAUCGCCUUUUUGUAGAGCCGAGGGAGCGUGUGGGGGGACAUUAAGAGGAACGGCAGGUUCAAUAACCAGCCCGGGAUAUCCUGCAGAGUAUGAAAACAACCUGGACUGUACGUGGUCAAUCCUGUCUGAACCUGGCGACACCAUCGCUCUCGUCUUCAACGACUUCUUAUUAGAGGACAAAUAUGACUUUCUGGAAAUCAGCGGGACAGAAGCACCCAGCAUAUGGCUCACUGGCACGACGCUGCCCUCACCGGUGAUAUCCAGCAAGAACUGGCUCCGGAUACAUUUCACAUCAGACAGCAACCACAGAAGAAAAGGCUUCAGCGCUCAAUAUCAAGUGAAGAAAGCGAUAGAGCUGAAGUCCAGAGGGGUGAAGAUGAUGCCCAGCAAAGACUCCAGUCACAAAAAUGCAGUCUUGAGUCAAAGCGGUCUGGCCGGUGAUGUUUGUCCGGAUCCUGGAGUUCCAGAAAAUGGAAAGAGGAUGGGCUCUGCUUUCCAAGUUGGCUCCAGCGUCCAGUUCAGCUGUGAUGACAGCUAUGUGCUACAAGGAUCUAAAAGUAUCACCUGUCAGCGAGUCACUGACACAUUGGCAGCCUGGAGUGACCACAGACCCAUCUGCAGAACACGUACGUGUGGCAGCAACCUAAGGGGGCCCAGAGGGGUCAUAACUUCUCCUAACUACCCUGUUCAAUAUGAGAACAACGCACACUGUGUGUGGGUCAUCUCUGCAAUGGACUCUGGGAAGGUGAUAAAGCUGUCAUUUGAAGAGUUUGAUCUGGAACGGGGAUACGACACACUGACUGUGGGAGAUGGGGGGAAGAUAGGAGACACUCGGAGGGUGCUCUAUGUCCUGACCGGCUCCAGUGUCCCUGACCUCAUCGUGAGCUUAUCCAAUCAGAUGUGGCUUCACCUGCAGUCAGAUGAUACGAUCGGCUCAGCAGGGUUCAAGGCAGUCUAUGAAGAGAUUGACCGAGGAGGCUGUGGGGAUCCCGGGGUGCCAGCGUUUGGUCGUCGAAGCGGUGAUCGCUUUCAGCAUGGGGACGUGUUGACCUUCUUCUGCCAGUCGGCCUUUGAACUAGUGGGAGAGAGGACGAUCACAUGCCAGCACAAUAACCAAUGGUCUGGCAAUAAACCAAGCUGUGUCUUCUCAUGUUUCUUCAACUUCACGGCUCCCUCGGGGACUAUAUUGUCCCCAAACUACCCAGAGGAGUAUGGGAACAACCUGAACUGUGUGUGGUUGAUAAUCUCUGAACCAGGAAGCCGCAUUCAUCUCCUUUUCUCUGACUUUGACCUGGAGCCACAGUUUGACUGGUUGGUGGUUAAAGACGAAGGCUUGUCUGAACCAAUAACUUUUGGGACAUUCUCCGGAAAAGACGUCCCAUCACAGAUCGCCUCAAACGGACACAUCAUGAGACUGGAAUUCCAAUCUGAUCACUCUAACACGGGAAAAGGCUUCAAUAUCAGCUACACCACAUUUGGUCAGAAUGAGUGUCACGACCCUGGAGUUCCUGUUAAUGGUCAGAGGUAUGGUGACCAGUUUCAGCUUGGCAGCUCUGUGGCUUUUCGCUGUGAUCAAGGAUUCAUCAGGACACAGGGCUCUGACCAGGUGACUUGCAUCAUUCAGGAUGGAAAUGUUGUUUGGUCUGCGGCUGUACCUCGCUGUGAAGCUCCAUGUGGAGGCCAUCUCACAGCACCUACGGGUGUUUUGCUGUCUCCUGGAUGGCCUUCCUUUUACAAAGACUCUCUGAGCUGCCAGUGGGUGAUUGAAGCGCAGCCAGACCAUGCUGUGAAGAUACAUUUUGACAGGUUUCAGACCGAGGUCAACUACGACACACUGGAAAUCAGAGACGGCCCCUCGGCCUCAUCUCCCCUGAUCGGUGAAUACCAUGGUACCCAAGCGCCUCAUUUCCUGAUUUCCACAUCCAACGUCCUAUUCCUGUUGUUCACCACAGACAACAGCCGCUCUGCAGCCGGCUUCAGCAUCAGAUAUGAAAGUGUGAAAAUGGAGACAGACUCUUGUCUUGAUCCUGGGAUCCCAGUCAAUGGUCGUCGCCAUGGCAGCAGCUUUUCCAUUGGCUCGCGUGUUUCAUUUACAUGUGACCCAGGAUACACACUGAGUGAUCAGGAGCCAAUUGUUUGUGAUCAGAAUCAUCAGUGGAGUCACGCUCUUCCCAGUUGUGAUGCUCUAUGUGGUGGCUAUGUCUAUGGUAAAACAGGGACAAUUCUUUCUCCUGGCUUUCCUGACUUCUACCCAAAUUCUUUGAACUGCACCUGGACCAUUGAGGUGUCUCAUGGAAAAGGAGUCCAUCUGGUUUUCCACACCUUCCACUUGGAAGAGAACCAUGACUACCUCUCCAUCAUUGAAGACAACAACUUCCAAGUUCCAGUGGCUCGACUCACUGGCUCAGUGCUGCCCCCUAGUGUCAAAGCAGGGCUGUAUGGGAACUUCAGCACUCAGCUCCGUUUCAUCUCAGAUUUUUCUAUGAGCUAUGAAGGCUUUAAUAUAACAUUCUCAGAAUACGACUUGGAGCCAUGUGAGGACCCUGGUGUGCCAGCGUUCAGUAGAAGAAUGGGCUUCCGAUUUCGAGUUGGGGACUCACUGGCCUUCUCUUGCUUCAAUGGUUACCGACUUGAGGGAGACAGCAAGAUAACUUGUCUUGGAGGAGGACGGCGCGUGUGGAGCAACACACUACCACGAUGUAUUGCUGAAUGUGGAGCCUCCUCCAUGGGACCUGAAGGCGUUCUCCUCUCUCCUAACUUCCCUUCAAACUAUGAUAACAACCAUGAGUGUAUCUACCGCAUCACCACUGAAAAGGGCAAAGGAAUAAGGCUGAGAGCCGAGAGCUUCUCACUGCAAGAUGGAGACUAUUUGAAGGUAUAUGAUGGAGAGAAUACUUCAUCCCGUCUCCUUGGAAACUUCACAUAUGAUGGCAUGAUGGGGCAUGUCAUCAACAGCACUUCAAACCGCUUGUGGCUGGAGUUCAACAGCAACGCCUCAGGGACAGAUCAGGGCUUCCGCCUCACAUACACAAGCUUUGACCUUGUACGCUGCGAGGAGCCAGGCAUCCCCAGCUACGGCUAUAAGAUCCAGGACGACGGUCAUUUUGCCAACACUUUUGUCCUUUACUCCUGUAACCCUGGAUACAGUCUUCAUGGCAGCAGUACACUGACCUGUCUGAGCGGGGACAGACGUGUCUGGGACAAACCACUCCCAUCCUGUAUCGCGGAAUGUGGAGGUCACAUAACUGGAGCAGUGUCUGGACGGAUCUUGUCUCCGGGAUAUCCUGCUCCGUAUGACAACAACCUCCACUGCACCUGGACGAUCGAGGCUGACACAGGAAAGACUAUCAGCCUCCACUUCAUCGUCUUUGACACUGAAGUUGGCCACGAUAUCCUGAGAGUUUGGGACGGUCCAUCUGGGCCAUCAGACGGGGGCAUCCUGUUGAAAGAAUGGUCCGGCCCAGCCUUACCUGAAGACAUCCACUCGACUUUUAACAUACUCACUCUUCAGUUUGACUCUGAUUAUUUCAUCAGCAAGCAGGGAUUUUCUAUUCAGUUCUCCACAACAACAGCAACGACCUGCAAUGACCCCGGCAUCCCUGUCAAUGGUUCUCGCUAUGGGGACAGUAAAGAGCCUGGAGACAGCAUGACGUUCCAGUGUGAUCCAGGAUACCAGCUGCAGGGCCAGGACACCAUCACAUGUGUACGAUUAGAUAACCGGUUUUACUGGCAGCCUGAUCCUCCAACAUGUAUAGCAACAUGUGGGGGAAAUGUCAGCGGCCCCUCAGGAGUGAUUCUGUCUCCUAACUACCCUCAGCCAUACCCCGCUGGGAAAGAGUGUGAUUGGAGGAUCAGGGUCAACCCGGACUUUGUCAUUGCUCUCAUCUUCAAAAGUUUCAACAUGGAGCCAAGUUAUGACUUCCUGCACAUCUACGAAGGUGAAGACUCUAAUGGGCCGUUACUAGCAAGUCUCCAAGGCAACCAGGCCCCAGAGCGGAUAGAGAGCAGCAGCAACAGCCUCUUCCUCGCAUUCAGAUCUGACGCCUCACUGGGCAUGUCUGGUUUCGCCAUAGAAUUCAGAGAAAAACCCAGAGAGGCCUGUUUUGACCCUGGUAACAUCAUGAACGCCAGUCGGACAGGUUAUGACUACAAACUGGGAUCCCAGGUCUCCUUCAACUGUCACCAUGGCUACACAAUUGUAGGCGGGGAUACCAUCACCUGUGUCAUGGGGAAUGAUGGGAAGCCAGUCUGGGACAGUGCUCUGCCAUCAUGCAAAGCUCCAUGCGGAGGACAGUAUGGAGGAUCUGAAGGAGUCGUCUUGUCCCCGAACUAUCCUUUGAACUACACCACAAGGCAGACCUGCUCCUACUACAUCACCGUGUCCCCACAGUUUGUGGUGUUUGGUCAGUUUGCUGUUUUCCAGACAGCAAUGAACGACUCAGUGGAGCUGUUCGAUGGAGCCAAUGAGAACGCUCGGUUGCUCAGCUCCCUGGCUGGGUCGCAUUCAGGAGAGACAUUGCCAUUGGCGACUUCCAAUCAGAUUAUGCUGCGCUUCAAUGCUAAGAGUGGCCAGUCAGCACGAGGCUUUCAUUUCGUCUACCAAGCUGUGCCUCGCACCAGUGACAGUCAGUGCAGCUCAGUGCCGGAGCCACGGUAUGGCAGACGGAUCGGUUCAGAGUUCUCGGCUGGCUCUGUUGUUCGCUUUGAGUGCAGCCCAGGUUAUUUGCUGAAAGGAUCCAGUGCCAUUAGAUGCCAGGCUGUGCCUGGUGCUCUCGCUCAGUGGAAUGCAUCAACACCAACCUGCAUUGUUCCCUGCAGUGGCAAUUUAACUGAACGUCGUGGUACAAUCCUGUCUCCUGGCUAUCCUGAACCUUACCCAAACAGUCUCAACUGUCUGUGGAGGAUACAUGUCAGUGAAGGAGCCGGGAUUCAGAUCCAAGUGAUGACGUUCGCGACUGAGCACAACUGGGACUCUCUGGAGAUCUACGACGGAGGAGACAUGACAGCUCCUAAAUUAGGGUCAUUUUCUGGAACCACUGCUCCCGCCCUCCUUAACUCAACAUCCAAUCAGCUUCUUCUGCAUUUUCAGAGUGACAUCAGUGUGGUGGCAGCAGGAUUUCACCUCGAAUACAAGACUGUUGGGCUUACUACCUGUCCAGAGCCAAUGCUUCCUGCCAAUGGCAUUAAAACAGGAGACAGGUAUAUGGUCAAUGAGGUGGUGGCAUUCACCUGUGAACCUGGAUACACAUUACAGGGCCACUCUCAUAUCUCCUGUAUGCCUGGGACUGUGCGUCGAUGGAACUACCCUCCUCCUCUUUGCAUAGCUCGUUGCGGCGGGGUGUUGUCUGAGAUGAGUGGUGUCAUCCUUAGUCCAGGUUUCCCUGGCAACUACCCUGGCAACCUGGACUGCACCUGGCAAAUCAACCUGCCAACUGGAUAUGGAGCUCACAUUCAGUUCCAGAACUUCUCCUCUGAAGACAACCAUGACUUUCUCGAGGUCAGGGCUGGGCCUCAACACAGCUCUGCUCUUAUUGGACAGUUUACUGGCUCACAGGUCCCACCGCCUUUGCUAAGCACCACCCAUUUGACAAUCAUCCACUUCUACAGUGAUCACUCUGAGAACAGACCAGGCUUCAAGCUGACCUAUCAGGCCUAUCAACUUCAAAAUUGCCAGGACCCCUCUCCUUUCCCUAAUGGUGACAUCGUCAACAGUGACUACAGCCCAGGCCAGUCAGUCACUUUCCAGUGCUAUCCUGGUUAUGUUUUGAUCGGACACCCAGUGCUGACAUGCCUGCAUGGGACAAACAGAAAAUGGAACCAUCCAUUUCCACGUUGUGAAGCUCCUUGUGGCUACAAUGUCACGGCUGAAAAUGGGACCAUCUAUUCACCUCAGUACCCCAAUGAAUACCCAAACUCCCAGGACUGUAGCUGGCUCAUCACUGUUCCCCACGGACAUGGAGUUUAUAUUAACUUUACCUUACUGCAGACAGAGCCCGUCACAGAUUACAUCGCUGUCUGGGACGGCCCUGACACGUCCAGUCCACAGCUUGGAGUCUUCAGUGGAAACACAGCGUUAGAGUCGGCCUACAGCACCAGCCAGCAGGUCCUGAUCCGCUUCCACUCCGACUUUUCAACUGGAGGGUUCUUCAUCCUGAACUUCCAUGCUUAUCGCCUGAAGAAAUGCCCUCCACCCCCUGUUGUGGAGAAUGCUGAGGUGAUCUAUGAAGAUGAAGACUUCCAAAUUGGUGAUAUUGUCAAGUACCGCUGUUUACCUGGAUACACGCUGGUUGGAAAGGCGGAGCUUAUGUGUAAACUCAACUCCCAUUUGUUGUUUGAAGCCCCGUCCCCAUCAUGUCAAGCUCAAUGCCCGGCCAAUGAGGAGCGGACUUCAUCGUCAGGGGUGAUAUUAAGCCCCGGUUUCCCUAGCAACUACCCAAACAGCCAAACAUGCUCCUGGCUGCUCCACAUGGUUCCAGGCUAUACCAUCAACAUCUACGUAGAAAUGUUCCACAGCGAGAAACAGUUUGAUGAACUGGAAAUUUUUGAUGGAUCCUCUGGACAAAGCCCUUUGCUUGUGGCGUUAAGUGGUAACCACUCAUCUCAGCUGAACUUCACAUCAAAAACAAACCAGCUCUACCUACGAUGGUCCACGGAUCAUGCAACCAACAAGAGAGGAUUCAAGAUACGAUACUCAGCUGCCUACUGUAGUAUCAAUGAUCCUCCGGUCAAUGGGGGCGUGGUCAACCGAACCAAACUCCGUCCAGGUAGCAGACUACAGUUCUACUGUAACCGUGGUUACCGCUUGGUAGGUUCAAGCAAUGCCACCUGCAGGCUCCACCCUAAUGGGCUAUACCAGUGGGAUACACCACCACCUUUCUGUCAAGCCAUCUCAUGUGGGAUCCCCCAGUCUCCAGGCAAUGGCAGCUUCCAUGCUAACCAGUACACUGUUGGUAGCCAGGUGACCUACCACUGUAACGAAGGUUACCACCUUGACCCUGGUGUUACAAUGACAGCUGUGUGUUUGGAAGAUGGCGGCUGGAGUAAUGCAGCCUCACCACCAAGAUGUCUGCCUAUCCACUGCCCCAGCGUUGAGGGCACCCUAUCAGAUCACAUGACAUACCGCCUGCUCUCGGGCCGAUUGGGAGAGUUUGGAUCCAUGGUGAUGCUGGAGUGCACUACAGGGUACUAUCUGGGGGUGGGGCAUCGGACUCUGCACUGCCUUUCCAAUGGGACCUGGGAGGGGUCGGAUGAUCCGGCUACAUGCAAGAUCAUUUCCUGUGGUGAGCUCCCUUCUCCACCUUUUGGGACCAAACUGGGCACACUGACAACUUUUGGAGCAACUGCAAUAUUUAUGUGUAACCAUGGUUACACGCUGGUGGGAUCACAUGUCAGAGAGUGUGGCGCUAACGGGCUGUGGAGUGGUGCAGAGACCAGGUGUCUAGCUGGUCACUGUGACUCUCCUGAUCCUAUAGUCAAUGGCCACAUUAGUGGAGAUGGCUCCAGUUACCGUGAUACAGUGGUGUACCAGUGCAUGUUAGGAUAUCGCCUUAUUGGCACAUCAGUCCGGAUCUGUCAGCAAGACCAUCGCUGGUCUGGAACAACACCUGUCUGUGUCCCUAUCACUUGUGGUCACCCCGGCAACCCAGCCAACGGGCGAACCAAUGGCAGCGAGUUCAACCUCAAUGAUGUUGUCAACUUCACCUGUAACCGAGGUUAUGUCCUCAGUGGAAACGCUCGUGCUCAGUGCCGACUGAACGGACAAUGGAGCAGCCCCCUACCCGUCUGCAAAGUGGUGAACUGUUCUGACCCAGGCCAUGUGGAAAAUGGCGUACGCCAGUCUGGUCUACGGUACCCUGAAGUCUUCAGUUAUGGUAUGACUGUGGCAGUCCACUGUAAAAGAGGCUUCUACCUCCUGGGCUCUGCAAUCCUCACCUGUCAGCAUGAUGGACGGUGGGACCGACCAAUGCCUCACUGCUUAGCUAUUUCCUGUGGUGACCCCGGUGUACCCCCUAAUGCGGUGGUGUCUGGAACCCGCAGCUGGACUUACAGCUCAGUGCUGCAGUACUCCUGUCUGCCUGGAGGGGUGCUAAUAGGCAACACUACUCGCCACUGUCAGGAGGAUGGUACAUGGAGUGGACCACCACCUUACUGCACUGGUGUCAGUCCAGGAGUCUGUGGAGACCCAGGAAUCCCUCCCCACGGUGCCCGUCUUGGAGGGGAGGAAUUUAAAACCAAGAGCCUGCUGCGUUUCAGCUGCGAGGCGGGAUACAGCCUGACUGGCUCAGCUGAGAGGACCUGCCUUCACAAUGGCACCUGGAGUGGCACACAGCCCGUCUGUCAAGCCGUAUCUUGUGGUAACCCUGGCACCCCGGCACACGGCAGGAUUGUCUUCAGCGAUGGCAUUACCUUUGGCAGCUCGGUGGCCUAUGCAUGCUGGGAAGGCUUCAAAACAUCAGGACUGACCACAAGACACUGCACGACAAACGGGACAUGGACAGGACAACCUCCAGACUGUGCUGUGAUCAGCUGUGGUGAUCCUGGACCAGUAGCCAAUGGGAUCUACAUAGGGAGAGAGUUUACCUUCAACCACACCGUGAUUUACCGCUGUAACCCUGGACACCUGAUGGAGCCUCCUGGACGAAACGUGCUUCACUGCACAAAAGAAGGAACCUGGAACCAAACCAAACCCAGCUGUAGAGUGAUCCAGUGUGGACCUCCUCCUCAAGUACAUCAUGGGAAAGUGGAAGGAACUGACCAUUCCUGGGGAUCAAGUGUUAGCUACAGUUGUUUCCAUGGGUACCAGUUGUCCACUCCUGCUGUGUUAACCUGUGAGGGGAAUGGGACAUGGUCAGGAGAUGUCCCACAGUGUCUACCUGUCCUGUGUGGUGAUCCUGGCUCUCCUGGAGGAGGAUUCAGAGAGGGAAACAUCUUUUCCUACCGGGCUGAGGUUAGGUUCUACUGCCAUCCACCCUACCUGCUGGUUGGCUCUGCGUCAAGAGUUUGUCAAGCUGAUGGGAUUUGGAGUGGCCAACAACCAGCCUGUAUAGACCCAGCUUUUAACAACUGUCGUGAUCCUGGAACUCCAGCCUACGGUAUUCCAGUCAUGGCCCAGGGGUUUCAGGUUGGCAGUAAGAUUUCUUUUAAGUGCCGUAAAAACUACCACAUCCUUGGAUCUACCACAAGAACGUGCCUAGAAAACCUGACCUGGAGUGGAACUCAACCUGAGUGCAUAGCCCAUUCAUGCAGACAGCCAGAGACCCCCAGUAACGUAGAUGUCCGGUCUAUGGACCUACCUACCCUGGGAUAUACACUGAUCUACACCUGUCAAGAUGGAUUCUAUCUAGCUGGGGGAUCAGAGCACAGAACCUGCAAAAGUGAUGGGAGAUGGUCUGGCAAACCCCCACUUUGUAAAGUUGGAGUAAAAGUCAAUCCCAAGGAAAGAGGAGAGUCUGAUGUCCAGAAGAACAAGAUUAGAGUUCCAGUGGAUGUAUUCUCUCCAAACUCUGAGUGGAGCGGCUUUUACGAAUAUCUAGGGAAGAGACAAGCAACCACCUUUACAGUGACUGGGUUCAAUGCUACCAGCAGCAGAGUUAAUGUCACAUUACUAGAGACCAGCGGAGUGUCAAUCAGACUCUCAGGUACCUAUAAGUCAGAGGAAAAUCAGCUGCUGUUGAAGGUGUACCAGGUGAAGGGGCCCACGGAGCAUUACCUCAGCAAAUUUAAAAAUGACAAUUGGGCUAUGGAUGGAUAUGUUACAGCAGAAUCAGACCAGAAGACUUUCGUCUACCAGGGCCACAUUCACAGUAAAGACUUUGGCAAGUUUCAUCUGACACAAAAAGGCCCUGUAACCAUGGCAAUCGACCCAUCCAACCCCUACACAAACAGCAGCUCUGUGGCAGCAGCCAUCUUGGUCCCAUUCUUUGCCCUCAUCCUGUCGGGAUUUGCCUUCUACCUCUACAAACACAGGACUCGCCCCAAGGUCCAGUUCAACGGCUAUGUUGGCCAUGAGAGCUCCAAUGGCCAGGCGUCGUUUGAAAACCCAAUGUAUGACACCAACAUGAAGCCUACUGAGGCUAAGGCAGUUCGAUUCGAUACCACACUAAACACAGUCUGCACGGUAGUAUAGUCCAGCAUACCUACCACCACCUACACAGUGGUUCAGGCCAAACUGCCUGUUGCAGUCUGCGGUGUGGUUUGGCCAAACUAAGAAGAACAAACUUAUGAUUUGGACUUGUCACUGAGAGCAGUCUGCUCUGUAGCUUGCUGGUCCUCUGUCCGCAUAAUCUGCACAGUGAAGCAGCUCUGUUCUCCCUCCCACAUGAACAACGGCCUCACUUCUCCCCUGUAGUCAGAAAGCGUAAAGACAACUAGAAAGGGAGUGGAAAAUGGCAGCGUCAUACAGCAUUCAAGUCUGUUAAACACAGGAUCAGUGCUGGGACCAGAAUUCUUCCUUGGAAAGACGGCGUCAACCACUAGAACCCGUUCGGAUACUAAUUCACUGAAAAGGCCCAGUGUAAGUUUAUUUGAACUGAAGUUUUUAAUGGCGAGGCCAGAAACAAAAGACUAAACGCUCCUUCUAAGCUGAACAGUGUUUUCCCAGCCUUACCUCCAACAUAUGUCAAAUUUGCACAGUGGUAUAGGCUUACUUACUCCCCUGCUGCAGGCCAGACAUGGGUUACAACCCUACCAAGGUUGUACUCUCAGGGGGAGCAGAUCGACUAUUCCACCCUUUAACCUGAUUAAGAUAUCAUAAGUACUCAGGUGGUUGCUGGGUCACGAUAAAUACCAUGACUGGUGCUGAACCAAAACCUCCCACUAGACUUCCAUCACACUGGUCUUGACAGGACGUGACCAUGAUGUAAUAACAGUCAAUUUUGGUUGAAUCUAAUAUUGAUUCUGCAGACUACUGUAAAGUUGAUAUCCAC